AGUCGACAUUGGGAGGAUAAGUAGGACUCUUUCUCAUUGCUUUUCGCUUCGUCUUCUCUGCAAGAAACCAAUCUCUCUCUCUUUCGCUUUCUUAAACCCUUUCUCUCUCUAAAACCCUCAAAAAGUUUUGGUGCUGACUCAAAAAAAGGUUCGGUCUUUUACUACAUUUUGAAAUGGCGAUUGAAGAUUACGAGAACCCAAAUCGAGAAAUCAAACCUAAGAACAGAAGAUUGAUGGAAGAAGAGAAUCAAUGGCCUCUAUGGCUGAAACCUUUACUAAACGAACACUUCUUUGUUCAAUGCAAGUCUCAUGGACACUCACCGAAAAGCGAAUGCAAUAUGUAUUGCUUAGACUGUACCAAUGACUCGCUUUGUUCUCUAUGUCUUUCUGACCACAAGAACCAUCGUACCAUUCAGAUAAGGAUAUCAUCUUAUCAUAAUGUGAUAAGGGUCAAUGAGAUACAGAAGUACUUAGACAUAUCAAGCAUUCAGACAUAUGUGAUCAAUAGCGCAAAGGUUUUGUUCUUGAAUGAGAGGCCUCAGUCUAGGCCUGGUAAAGGGUUUACUAAUACCUGCAAGGUCUGUUAUCGUGGCCUUGCCGAGAACUGCGUCCGCUUCUGCUCUAUUGGCUGCAAGGUUGCAGGAACAUCUGGAAGCUUUGCGAAGAGAGUGAAGCAUACGACGAUUGAAUCAGAUAAUUCAAGCAACAGUUCUGGAGUGGAGAAUAACAGUUCAGGAGCAGAGAAUGACAAUUCAAAUCUGCUGAGUCUCAGCCCACCAACACCUCAAUUUCCUCCUGGUUCUCUGCGAAAGCGACGUAGAAAGGGAAUUCCUCACCGAGCUCCACUGGGUUGAGAUUGAAUCAAGAAGAAGAAGCUUGUGUUACGUUUUCAGUUUUCCUUAAUAUAAGAGACAUCCUUAUAUAGCUUAUACACGAGACACCAAAAGAUAGUGCUAUGAAUUAGUCAAGUAGCUAGUAAGUGUAUAUAUACAAUAUCUUCUUGUAAAGUUUUAGUGUGAUGCAAUGAGACUAGACAGUGAGGGAUAUUAUGGUGUUUUUAAGUAAUAGAAUGUUGGUUCUAUGACUA